AUGAGGCUGGGGGUUGUGGAUGCUGGAGUGAUAGAGGAGUAUACGCAGUAUCGGGUUGUGCAUCCUAUUCUAUGCAUUUUUGAUCUAGCGGAGUCGGUACCAUCUUUUGAGGGUGAUAAGAGACAUCAACAGAGGAGGAGAGGAGGCAGAGGAGUAGGAGGUGAAGAUAGAGGUGAUGGAGGAGGAGGAGAUGGAGGUGAUAGUGGGGGAGGAGGAGGUUUUGGAGGAGCAGGAGGAGGUGGUGGAGGUGGAGAGGUUGACUAUUGGUGGGGUUUAUAUGAGCAGGUGGUGCCAUCUAGUCAGCGGGCAUUGAGUUAUUCACAGAUGUGUCAGGUGAGAUUAGAGUGGUCUCAGAGGAUGCAGAGUAGUGGUGGUGUUAUGGGCCCUCUACAACUAGAUAGUGCAGGUGGAGCAGGGGGUAGUGGUGGUGCAGGGGGUGAUGGUGGUACAACAUUUGGCCAGAGUGCCAUUUGA